UGUCUACUUGCUUCUACUACAGAGCGAGGACUAGGGAUGGGCGAUAUGUUAUCGUGUGCGAUAUAUCGUCCAAAAAAUUCCUCACGGUAAUAAUUUGUCAUCUCGCGAUAAAAAACGAUAAACUACCACCGCGAGWCCUUGCCGCAUGUGCGCCGCAACAGUCCUUCAGUCCAACUGACGUCACGUGUGAAGAACGUGCAUUGCAAACAAACAAACAUGGCGGAAGGCGGAGGACAGGUGAGUGAGGAGGAGCUCGUUGCUAAAAGAGGUUCCAGCUCUGUUAUCUGGAACUGGUUUGGCUUUAAACAGGCUGACACAGAGCAGAAAGUAGUAUUAUGCAAAGUUUGCAGACAAACGGUGACAUCGAAGGACAGCAACACUACAAAUUUAUUUCACCACCUAAAACACAAACACAAGCCAGAAUACGAAGCUAGCCAGAAGAUGCGCUACGAUGCAGCAGAAGCGCUCGCAUUAACUUCCAAAGCCAAGAAACCGACAACAACUCAAACUAAACUUGCUGACGCAUUUGUUCAUUCUACACCAUAUGACAGCCAAAGCAAGCGGUGGAAAGCAUUAACGGAGGCAGUUGCGUUUUGCCUGGCUAAAGAUAUGUUGCCGCUCCGAACUGUGGAGAAGGACGGUUUCAGGCGCAUGAUUC